CUGUUCGUUGUUUUUCUGAUAACAUACAUUUUUACAAUUUCUGGAAACUCUCUCAUAAUAACACUAGUGUUCGGAUGUAAACAACUCAAUAAACCCAUGUACUUUUUCCUUGGCAAUUUGUCUGCAUGUGAAAUCCUUUUGACCACAAAUAUCAUACCGAACAUGUUAUAUUUACAGAUAAUAGAUCAAGGUCUAAUUUCUGUAACAAAAUGCUUUGUACAGUUUUACUUUUUUGGAACUGCAGCAACUACAGAAUGCCUUCUUCUUGCUGUAAUGGCUUAUGACCGUUACUUGGCCAUCUGUAGUCCACUGAACUAUGUCUCAAUCAUGGACCAAAGAUUUUGUAUCUGUCUUUCACUGUGUGUCUGGCUGGUUGGCUUAAUGGCUACUAUUGGAACAAUAAUACUGAUGAGCAAAUUGCAUUUUUGUGGAACAACUGUAAUUAAUCACUACUUCUGUGACCGCGAGCCUAUCUUAAGCCUUUCCUGUUCAGACACCACAGAAGUUAGAGUGCAAGCCCUUGUCUUCUCAUUUUUUAUUACAUUAUGGCCAUUUGUAACCAUUAUCUGGUCCUAUGUUAGAAUUAUCCUUACUAUUCUCAAAAUGACUACAUUAAUUGAGAGGUAUAAAACAUUUUCCACUUGCAGUUCACAUCUGAUAGUAGUAUGCAUAUAUUAUGGAACAUUGAUUAUUAUGUAUGUGGUUCCUUCCAGUGGACAGUCAUUUAAUGUUAACAAAUUACUAUCUUUGUUAUAUGUUGUGGUCACCCCAUUGCUUAAUCCUAUAAUAUACAGUUUAAGAAACCUAGAGCUAAGGAAUGCAUUGAAAACAUGUGUCAGAAAGAUUUUGUAA